UCAAAACCCCAUCAAAACCAAAAAAAAUCCACAACAAUGGCUGCUAAAAUCUUAACAAAAUUCACAAAAUCAAUCAAUUUCAAACAAACCCAUAACCCAUAUUAUUAUAUAUACACUCGUAACAUGAGCAACAUGCCUGAAAACACGGUCUACGGCGGCCCAAAACCUCAAAACCCAGACCAAAGAACAACAUUAACUAGUUUACGUAGUAAGCAUAAAAAAGGGGUGCCGAUAACGAUGGUGACAGCAUAUGAUUACCCAUCAGCUGUACAUAUAGAUACAGCUGGGAUUGAUAUAGCUUUGGUGGGUGAUUCAGCUGCUAUGGUUGUUCAUGGACAUGAUACAACGUUGCCUAUUACCUUGGAUGAAAUGUUGAUUCAUUGUCGGGCUGUCGCGAGAGGCGCCAAACGCCCUUUGCUUGUUGGUGAUCUUGCUUUUGGUACUUAUGAAUCUAGUUCUCAACAGGCUGUUGAUACAGCAGUCAGGAUAUUGAAAGAAGGGGGAAUGGAUGCAAUCAAGUUGGAAGGCGGUGCACCAUCACGGAUAUCAGCUGCUAAACACAUUGUUGAAGCCGGGAUUGCAGUUAUGGGCCAUGUAGGGCUGACCCCUCAGGCCAUCAGUGUUCUUGGUGGAUUUAGACCUCAAGGGAGGAAUGUUCUGAGCGCCGUCAAGGUUGUGGAGACGGCACUAGCACUACAGGAAGCUGGGUGUUUCUCUGUUGUUCUUGAAUGUGUGCCAGCACCAGUGGCUGCAGCCGCCACUUCUGUGCUUCAAAUACCCACCAUUGGUAUUGGGGCUGGCCCGUUUUGCAGUGGGCAGGUCCUUGUUUACCAUGAUCUGUUAGGGAUGAUGCAACAUCCACAUCAUGCAAAGGUUACUCCAAAGUUCUGUAAGCAGUUUGCCCAAGUAGGAGAAGUGAUUAACAAAGCUUUAUCAGAGUAUAAGCUAGAAGUUGAAAACGGUUCAUUUCCAGGGACGGUACACAGCCCUUACAAAAUCAAUACGGCGGAGGUCGAUGGAUUUUUGAAGGAAUUGCAGAAGAUGGGGUUGGAUAAGGCUGCAGAGGCCGCAGCCGAGGCAGCUGAGAACUUUAAGGCAGGUAACCCGACUCAAACUGCAGAAUCUGAAAAUUGAUGAAUGAAUGACUAGGCUUGUAUCGAGUUAGAAAUUAGAAUGCCAAUUUUGUUGAGCUGUAGUCUGAUCCAAAAAAUAAUGAAACCAGGAUGCCCACUGUAUUUGCAUUUUCAAUAAUAAAUCUACAUAUAGGGCACUAUUCGGAUUUUA